GUCGACGCUAGGCGUCGGAAAUGGCGACGGGAAAAUUUGGCGACUCCAGGUUGUUGCGUCCAGGAGCGCGCCGAACUCACCCGCCGCCACCCAUGGUCCCUUGAGAGAACCCCGCACGACACAGAGAUGCCGCCGAGGUUAAACAUCUUGGCCUCGUGCAGAGCCCUCGCCCUCCGUCCCAGGAGGCCAGCCGCGCCGCCGCCUUGGCAGGCCCCGAGAGCCCUGGCCUUGGCCCGGCCAUACUCCAUCGAUGCGCCGACAGUGCCCCCGACACCACCGGCCGACGGCCAGCCUCCCGGCCCCCCGCCCCCGUCUGCCACUGCUCCGCCCUCCGGUGCACCGGCUCCCAGUGAGCCGGCCCCGGUAAUACCACUACAUGACCUCGAUGUUGCGCUGUCCUCGUUGAAGGCGGGCAAGGCGAUCACGGAAGAAAAGGGGGACGAAGGAGACAUCGUGGCCAACGAGGAGGCCCUGCGGCAACUGGAGCGCAUCUCGUACGGCGUCGAAUCCUUCGACUCGGCCCAGGUUGGCCACAAGUACGGCGUCCCAGAGGUCCCGAUCCCCAGCGGGAUGCAUCUCAAGCACCGCUACCACCCGGUCCUGGAGCAGAUCACAAACCUUCUGAUGAAGGAUGGGAAAAAGAGCAAGGCACAGAGGGAUAUGGCCAUGGUGCUGAACUUUCUCCGGACCAUGCCCGCACCCAAGCUCAAUCCGGCGCGGGCCCUUCUGCCGGGCGCCCCGCCAGCCUCGCACCUGCCGCUGGAUCCCAUCACGUACCUGACGCUGGCCAUCGACUCGGUCGCCCCCCUGAUCAAGAUUCGCAACUUCUCGGGUCUCGCAGGAGGUGGUGCCAGCUCACCCGUCCCCUUCCCCCUAUCGAUCCGGCAGCGCCGCAGGGUGGCGUUCCAGUGGAUCCUGGAGUUGGUCAGGAAGAAGCAAUCCAAGGGUAGCGGGAGGACUCAGCUCGCGCACCGCAUCGCCGAGGAGAUUGUUGGAAUUGUUGAGGGAAAGUCGUCGCUCUGGGAUAGGCGGCUGAUGGUCCACAGGUUGGGCACCACGGCGAGAGCAAAUAUCGCUGCUGUCAUGAGGAGACGAUAAGGAAGGAUACAAUGUUGGAGGCCUAGGAGGGGAUCGCCUUGGCGGACGAAUUAUGAACCGGCCUUGGCGCGCAUUGGGCGAAUGUACAAAUAUGACACCAACGAGAUGUGUGUAUAAACAACCCGAACCAACAUCGACGUUUCUCCAACAUGAACCUGGAUGAAAACGCAUGGAGCGUCCAAGUGCGAUGCUCGCGUGUUUCGUUUCCCU